GUUUUGGACGGUCAAGCGCUCUGCCCGCGCUGUUCGAUCAACGAGUAUGAAAAAAGAAUCUGCAAUGGCUAAGAGACUUAUUUUCAUUGUGAUGACCGACUUCUGCUGCUGGAUACCUAUAAUAAUUAUCAGCAUUUUGUCCCUGACAGGAAAUUUCUACGAUCCGGACAAAAUUGCCUUCGUGUGGAUCGCAGUGUUUGUUCUUCCGCUCAACUCUUCCCUUAAUCCAAUCCUGUAUACAUUUUCGACAGAGAGAACGAAACAAAGCUUAGCCAGAAAGAGGAAAAAUAUUACUGGCAUGGUUAUGAAGUCUUUGAAUAGUCGCGCUGGAGAUCAAUCUAUGGACUGCCUGAGAACAAAUGCUGAAAACACUUUAGUCUCCAUUGCUGAAUCCAGUCCCCGGCCGAUUAAAAAAAUUGUGGAAAAACAGGAACAGCAAAGGAAACUAGUGAAGACUAGGUUAAAGCUGAUCGAGGUAGUGGAUAUCUUUCAAGAAGAUACCAUAGGAAAGCGUUCAACGGGUUACGUCACAGCUUGGUGCGAGGAAGAAGGAGUACUUGGUAUGGUAUUACUGAAGUACUUCGGAAAGGAAAUGAAGGAAGACUGGACUCGAGAGAUCGAUAUAGUUGAAGGUCUUUCUAGUAGUGAAGACCCGCAAGACAAUCUUCUUCAUUAUCGCUGGCACUCUAAAGCGUCUGAACAGAGUAUUGAACAUGGCAAGAAGAAGAUUCAUGGCAUACAAGGAAGUAGUUGGCUCAUUUGUUACGAUUUUGAGUCGAGCUCCACUUUGGAAGAUUUUCUUUCGGAGAAAGGAAUUUUUAUCAACUUCGACGCGGUAUGCGCUGUAGUUUGUGACGUCAUCACCGCUAUAGAACAUCUUUUGAAUCAUGGAAUAUCUCAUAACAACAUCACAACUGGCAACAUUUUGAUCAGGCAUUGUCCAAGAGUACCUCCGAUCAAAGCCGUUCUGGGUGGAUUUUCUCAAGCGUCUAAAGCAGAUGACGCAGGUGCGUUCACAAACUCGGCAGCCGACGAACAGAGUUGCUAUAGCCACGACAUAAAGCAGUUCGGACAUUUACUAGCAACCUUACUAGGACACUGCCAUGGCUCCAGUGAAUACGUUAAGUUGCAUGAGAUUAUGAACCUGUGUUUCGAGGAUACAGAGGAGAAGAGGCCUACAGCACGUUACAUCCGCGAAGUAUUGGAAGAAACCUGGUGCACUGAGGGGGUUUGGGAUACAUACCUAUGAGGAAACUAAAGAAAAAAAUCGAAAUUAGCUUUCCAAUCGCAUUUGGUACCGAGUUUGAAAUGGUUGUAUUAGUGACACCAUCGAUUUCUCUGAGUAUUCGGGUCAGUUUUUUUUCUCAUUUUUAACUUGCGUUUACUGAAACAAGAAACGCUUUUCGGCGAUUUGCCUAACAUCGAAAAAAUUUAUUGCUUUGCUGCUUUCUAUUAUGUGCAGGGUGCUGCGUGGGUUAUUAUGAUGGGAAACUGAUAGAAAGUCAGCAGUUCAUUUCAAAAUAAUUUAUACAAUAGCUGCUCA